GCUUAGCUCAGUGAUCACCCUAAUCGCUAUGUGGUUGGUGGAGGGCUGAGAGGAUCGCAAAGCUAGUCCAAUCAGCACUGUAGAGAUGCGAUGUAGUGGGAUUCUAUUGGGUGGUGGCCGGGAAGCUGAGACCAAUGGGAAAGGACGCGAUUUGGCGCCUGCUUUGAGUGUGGCGGAGAACGCAGCCAUCCCGCCACUGCUCUCAGCUCCCCGUAGCGCGGCGGUAGCGGCCCGGUCUCGGCUAUGUUCCUCUCCGACUUCCGCAAGGAGUUCUACGAGGUGAUUGCGGCGCAGCGUGUUCUUCUUCUUGUUGCUUCAGAUGUAGAUGCAUUAUGUGCUUGUAAAAUACUCCAAGCUUUGUUUCAAUGUGAUCACGUACAAUAUACACUAGUCCCGGUAUCUGGGUGGCAAGAACUUGAAACUGCAUUUCUUGAACAUAAAGAUCAGUUCCAAUAUUUUGUUCUUAUAAACUGUGGUGCCAACGUUGACCUCCUGGAGAUCCUGCAGCCUGAGGAAGAUGCAUUUUUCUUUAUUUGUGACACCCAUCGGCCUAUCAAUGUAGUGAAUGUUUACAAUGAGACACAGAUUAAGCUGUUGGUUAAGCAAGAUGAUGACCUUGAAAUUCCUGCCUAUGAUGAUAUCUUCAGAGAUGAAGAGGAGGAUGAAGAUGACUCUGGGAAUGAAAGUGAUGGAUCAGAGCCUUCAGGGAAGCGCAAACGAUUUGAAGAGGAUAUUAUGGAGAGAACAAUGAAAAGAAGACAGAGGAGAGAGUGGGAGGCACGUAGACGAGAAAUUCUCUUUGAUUAUGAGCAAUAUGAAUACCAUGGGACCUCGUCUGCCAUGGUGAUGUUUGACUUGGCAUGGAUAAUGUCUAAAGACUUGAAUGACAUGUUGUGGUGGGCUAUUGUUGGGCUUACAGACCAGUGGGUUCAAGAUAAAAUCACACAAAUGAAGUAUGUGACUGAUAUUGGAACUUUACAACGUCAUGUGUCCCGGCAUAACCAUCGCAAUGAAGAUGAAGAGAACUCCCUUUCUAUUGAUUGCAUGAGAAUAGCAUUUGAGUAUGAUCUGCGCCUGGCUCUUUAUCAACAUUGGUCCCUAUUUGAAAGCCUCUGUAACACUUGUUAUACUUCUGCCAGUCUCAAACUUUGGUCUGUACAAGGGCAGAAGAGGCUUCAGGAGUUUUUUGCGGACAUGGGUUUGCCUUUGAAGCAGGUGAAACAAAAGUUUAAUUCCAUGGACAUUUCCUUAAAGGAGAACCUGCAGGAAAUGAUUGAAGAAUCUGCCAGCAAAUUUGGGAUGAAAAACUUAAGAGUACAGACCUUCAGCAUUCACUUUGGUUUUAAGAACAAGUUCUUAGCAAGUGACAUCGUCUAUUCAACAGCUUCUCUAAUGGAGAAUAUAGAGAAAGAUGAACCUGGAACUGAUAAUUUUAUCAAGGCUUUGGAUAGUCUUUCCAGGAGUAACCUGGACAAACUGCAUCAAGGGCUGGAACUAGCCAAAAAACAACUUCGUGCCAUUCAGCAGACUGUAGCCAGCUGUAUUUGCACCAAUCUUGUAAUCUCUCAGGGGCCUUUUCUCUAUUGCUAUCUAAUGGAGGGCACCCCAGAUGUGAAACUGUUCUCCAAACCAGUGUCUCUGUGCCUGCUCAGUAAAUAUUUACUCAAGUCUUUUGUUUGCUCUACAAAAAACAAGCGCUGUAAGCUGCUGCCGCUGAUAGUAGCAGCGCCGAUGGAUGUUGAACAGGGUACAGUGAUCAUGGUGGGAAUUCCUCCAGAGACAGAAAGCUCCGACAAAAAGAACUUUUUUGGGAGAGCAUUUGAAAAAGCUGCAGAAAGCACAAAUUCUAGGACUUUACAUAACCACUUUGACAUGUCUAUAAUUGAACUGAAAAUGGAAGAUCGGAGCAAAUUUCUGGAUGCACUUAUUUCUCUCUUGUCCUAAUGAUGUGGAAACUGAGGCAUGAAGUUAAGACUUGCCCAAGGUGUUAGUGACAGGAAGGGUCAUUCAUUGUCCGGAAAGACUUCUGGGUUUUAUUCACACAUCUGUCAGCCUGCAUGUCCUUCAACAAGUACCAGAAGCACUAAUAAUUUCCUGCUUGUUCAAAACUUUGGACCAGCAGGUUACCAGCUGCUCUUGGGAUCUGUAAGGCAGAGUGACCAAUUGCUAGACUGCUUUCCCUACCCUGCUGCACUUUGCAGACUGGCAAAAAAUAUCACUGAAGUCUCAAAUGUUGUCUUCAUUCAUGGUGUUGCAAUUGUGAUGCUCCAUCUUGCUGUCCUUCAUGACAUACUGCAACAGGCUUCGACUUAAAUCUUCUUUCUCUCAUAGGCAGACAGAAGGACAUCGCCCUUGGCACGUGGGUGCUGAGCACUCUCUUUGUAAAGACCCUAGUCUCCUGAUCUAGGAACUAGUUGGACCCCACUGGUCCAGAUUGUCAUAUGAGUAGGAGCAGAAAGAUUACCUGUAAACUGCAUUUCUAUCACCAAGCAUUUGACAAUCUGGAACUCUCCUAUGCCUUUCUGUGUUGAUACAGAUAAUAAGUUUAGGGUUUUCUAAAAAUUCACUCUCUACUGAACUGUUGUUGUUGUUCAAUUGACCUUUUUUCCUAAGUGCCUUUUUAAAAGCUAAGGAAGAAUUCAUCUGAAUAAAAUGUAUAUAGAGGGAGUUCAGUUUUGUGGGGAGAAAAAAUCUUGCAUCCAGGAAUUGGUCUCUACCUAGCAAGUUUGAGUAGCAAAGGAAAACCUAUUGGUCCAGACUAUUAAAUGCUUUGUUGCAGAAACCUGAUUUGCAGGUAUCAGAAAAACUCCUUUUGAGUUUCUAGUAUAUACCUCUCCGAAAUCAACUCUUAAUACAUGUCACCAGCAGUAGUUCUGUAUAGAGAUUUUUAGAAAUUAAAAACUGUUCUGUGAGGCAUGGAUUUAAUUUGGAGGUCUCUUUAAAAUCCAAAUACUGAUCAACCACAAGUACUGAAAGAGAACCUGUACUAGCAGUAUAGAACAAUUGUUCUUUGACAGCAUUCCUGUUAAUAGCAUCUCCCGAAGAGGUGAUUCCUGUAUCAACACCAAGUCCUUAGCCAGUCACUUUGAUACUGCAGUGUCACUUUUAAAAUGGCUUUUGGAGUGGCACUUCCAAUGGGUGUGCUAUUAUGCAUGGACUAUAGUAUUUUAGAUAUGGACAAGUUAGAUCAAACCCAUCCCCCUGUUAGGGGACGAUAUAGUUCCUCAAAUAGGGAAGGUUUCAGUUCUCAUAUAGAACUGAUGUUGCACUUGAUCUUAGUCACACAAAAUGGUUGUCAAACCAACUGAACUCCCCCUUUUCAGCCCUCAACAGUGUAUUGUUACUUUAAUUUCUAAGCAGCGAAUGAAUUGUGAAGAUAUGAACAGUGUCUCAUGAUGUCCCAUAUAUUCAGAUCAUCUGAUACAGUCCUGAAUAAAACUCCAAACUCUUGUAUUACACAAAGUACCACUUUAUUAGAUGUAUUCUGUGUGUUUCUGUGUUGUGUUUAGAUUAUUGUACAUUUUAAGAAAGGGUGAGGUUUUUUCCCCCCUUUUUCAGUGUCUGCCUGGAUUCCUUACACGUGUGAUUUUAUUUGUCUUUGUGUAUUAUAUUGACUGUGUAAAUGUUUUGUUACCUGAAUUUUACCAUAUGUUGUAUAGAUUUUAUAUAGAUUAAUUUUUAACUAAUGGGAUUUUAAAUGUAGCCAAUGCAAAAUGUAGC